AUGGUGAAAGAUGAUACGUGUCCGAAUAUUGAUAAUGUUUCCGACGAGUGUGCCGCUGUAGAUUUCACAACUAAUUGCCUUCAGCGGUACUUUUGCCUCGGUGGUAUGCUGCAGGCGAUAGCCGAAGAAACAAAUAUUCCGCGAGUAGAACUCGUGCGAUGGGACGGUACAAAACAGAAACAAAAGAAACUGAAACAUAAGCUGCCUUUUUUCUCUGCAACAAUUGACGAUCGUUUGAAACAGUCAAACGGUGACCUGUACGAUUUGUUGGAAAAUUUCUUGGCUCAAAUUUACCAUGAAGGCGUUCGGGACUUUAGAAGCGGGCAAUGGUCUCGUAUAUUUAGUGCGAUACAGAGUUUUUAUUCAGAGAAUUUUGAACAACUAUGCAAAAUUGAUUUUGUUGUCGUGUGUUCACCGGAAAACCGCGAAAUGAUUAACCGAAUAAUCGAAAGUUUCUAUACUCACUAUUAUCGCUCAGACACGAUAAGUCGAUUUGACCUACAAAAUCUACAGUAUAAGUACAUUGGGGUUAAUCUGUUACAUGCACUAGGUAGCGUUUACUAUAGCGACGUGAAGAAUAAGAAAUACAAAAACUACCAUGUUAAGGUUGGCUAUCGAGUGAGUGUAAAUGGAUUCAUUAGGAAGUGUCAGGAACAGUACUUCUGCCUCGGCGGUAUGCUACAAGCAAUAGCCAAAGUAACUGACAUUCCGCGUGAUGAAAUCAUAUCUCCAGCAGAGAGUCACAAUGAGCUAGGAAAUACGUUGAAACCAUCUCCAAAUUAUGAACAUGAUGUUCCAGUCUUCCGUGUUGGAACUAUCAACGAGCUUUUGAAGCAGAAAAAUGAGGAUCUAUUCAAAAUGUUAAAUGACUUUAUUGGCCAAUCAGAGACUAUAAUUUCCAGCGGGGAAAGUUUACGCAACGCUCAAGAGCUGAUCAAAAGAUUUCAGACCGAGAGUUUGGGAACGAUGGAAGAAAUAGAUUUUAGCACCGAAUUUAAUGCGGGUAAAUGUGAGACUGUAAUAAAGCUGAUCCAGCCCUUUCGGGAUCUGAAUGAGCAGGAUAGUGAGAGCGAAAUGAGUGAUGUGAGGGACUCGGAUGAUAAAACCCAAAAACCAAAACGUACUGAGCUGGAUAGAAAGAGCGAGUCGAAUGACACGAUUAAACCGAACAAUCGGGUAAAAUCGAAUGAUGAAACCCAGACGGACGAUACUAACAAGUCUUGCGAUAGCGACAUUUCUGAUUCAGACAAUCAGCAUGAUCAAACCGAUGUUCAGCCAGAUGGUAAGAGGAUAACCGAAUAUUUGUGGACCAGGACAAAAAUCCUUUUCGAAGCAGGACAGGACUGGUACAAAUACAUUAUCGGGAGUGCACAGACAGACAGACAGACAACUUCAAAAAAAGAACCAUCCAGUAGUAAAACGAGAAGUAGAAGAGUAAAGACCGACCCCGUGGACGAUCCUACGUCAACUGCGUUCAGUGAGUCAACGCCUGGCACUUUGGAUGGCCGAAACAAAAAACUUCAAACUUCAAAAAAAGAACCAUCCAGUAGUAAAACGAAAAGUAGAAGAGUAAAGACCGAUCCCGUGAACGAUCCAACCUCAACUCCGUACACUGAAUCAACGCUUGGCACUUUGGAUGGCCGAAAAGAACGCCGGAUACAUGAAGUGCAUAAGCACAUAAUACGUCGGCUUGGGCGAUACAUCAAAUUCGGAGGCAUAUUGCAGGCCAUCGCGGAAUUAACGGGGAUUCCGCCUGAAGAUCUUGUGGAGGGCGGCGCAAGUAAAUAUCAAGAUCGAACAAGUGGCCUCGGGCAACGCUUCCAAGCGGCGCACGUUAUUCGCGUUAGCGCUGUCAAUGAGCAAUUGGAAAAGAAAGACGUUGAUCUAUACACAGCCUUAAAGAACUACGUCGGACAUACGCAAGUUGUACGAUGGGAAGCAAACGAUCCUCAGGGCAUCGGAGGCAAAAUUGACGAGUUUCAGAAGCGUAACUUGAAGCUCUUGAUAAAAAUUAACUUUAAAAACGAGUCUAAGCGUAGCGUACGAGCGAUGAAGGAAUUUAUGCUGCGGAUGAAAAAGUUGAUUAACAGUUUCGAAAACUAUAAAAGCAUAUUAAAAUGCGACUUGAGUAAGUUCGAUGAUUUUAAGGUACCGCAAAAGGUAAUUACUAAUUUGAAAAUGGGGUAUGAUUUUAAGGUACCGCAAAAGGUAAUUACUAAUUUGAAAAUGGGGUAUGACAUGGUAAUGGAUGGGCUCUUUCUAUCAUCGUUCCUAAACACCAAAAAUGGUUCGAACAAAGAGCAAGAGAAAGAGAAAGAAGAAGACGAAGAGAAAGAGGAAGAGGAAGAGGAAGAGGAAGAGGAAGAGGAAGAAGAAGAGGGAGGACGCUAUAGUAUCCGAAGAGAAUCCGCGACGAUAUGGAGAGUUACGCAACCGCGACGGUGGACCAGGGAACAAGCGGCGAGUAGGAGAAUUAGGUAACCGUGACGAUGGCACCCGAAUGGAAAUGCACACUGAUCGCCGGUAACCCGGAACCGACUGGGGCAAUGCAUAGUUAGGGCAUUUAAACGACCCGGAGAAAACGGUCUAGGGCGAUUCGUAAUCAAGGCGUGAGAGCAGGAUAGAAGU